GCGGCGCCUGACUGGCUGAGGGCAGCAGGGGGCGGGGUCGGCGGAGGCGCUUUUGUUCGGGCGGCGGCGGCGGCGGCCGGGUGUGUGGGGCCAUGUCGUACGUGCCGGGACAGCCUGUCACCGCCGUGGUGCAAAGAAUUGAAAUACAUAAGCUUCGCCAAGGUGACAACUUGAUCCUGGGAUUCAGCAUCGGAGGUGGCAUUGAUCAGGACCCUACUCAAAAUCCUUUCUCUGAAGAUAAGACUGACAAGGGUAUUUAUGUAACAAGGGUGACAGAAGGAGGCCCAGCAGAAAUUGCAGGACUACAGAUUGGGGACAAGAUCAUGCAGGUGAAUGGCUGGGAUAUGACAAUGGUGACCCACGACCAAGCUAGGAAGAGGCUGACAAAAAGAAAUGAAGAAGUGGUCCGGCUGCUGGUGACCAGACAAUCUCUGCAGAAGGCUGUGCAGCAAUCCAUGAUGUCCUAAUCGGUGAUCAAGCUGGGGAAGGGUUAGGGAGGGAGAUGCACAGACUGGAUAUCAAGUGAGGAAGGAUUGUCUGGAAAAAGUACAUGUUCCAAACUGUGGUAAACACUAUUUUUACUUUCUCUGGUGUAAUUAACAGUAGUUAAAGUUUAGUCCCCUCAGAGUGCUUCUAUAAAGCUUUCCCUGCAGGUACACGGGAAGAAUACCUUAUUAUAAUCAUGGCUUUCAGGAAGACAGGCCAACCCCUAACUAUCUAAGGAAGCACUCAGAAAAGCUUCAGUUCUAACAGGAUUCUUCUGUAGCACAAAUGUUUCCUAUUCAAGAAGAACUUGGCUUCUGCCAAGUAAGAUAAGAGGGGUUGCUGUACUUAAGCUUUUAGAAGUGAGCUGUCCUGUCCUCCCAUGUUAUCUAAUUAAAAUGCCUGGACUAAGAGUUGCACGCUGCUGUAGAAAGGAGCACUGUACUCAUCUCACAUUGUGUGCUGGUUAGACAGAGUAUGCUGAAGGUUUGGGGGCAUUAUGGCUUACUGCAAAGACUUGCUGUACAGAGCAGCCUUUUCAGCCAAACAACUAUGUUAUUAAUACCUGUUAGAUUUAGCACACUUAGCAGGUAUUGAAAGUUUUGAGACACUACAGUUCAACUUUGGUAUUGAAGAAAACUUAAUUCUCCUUGUUCCUAAGUAAUUUGUAACAAAUGAAUCAAGUUUAAAUGAAAGUAAUAUGAACCAGGAUGAGCAAAUUAAGAAAAUGCUGUUGCUAGACUUACCAAAAGAGCUGCUUGUAUCUAUAGUCUCCAGUUUCUUCACUGUUGUUGAAGUGGGAAGUGUGGAUUUUAGUCUGUCUUUCAAUCUAGAAGAUUGUUCAGAUGACUGACUUGUUGAUUGAAGAGAUGAAUAUGCCAGUAAAUUGUCCAAGUGCCUCUUGACCAAAUUUAAAUUUCUGCACAAAUAAUUACAUGGCAUACUAGUGGUUUGUUAACGAGCUAGCUUUACAGUUAUCCCCAAACUGGAGUUUCUAACCCACCUCCAUUGAUUCAUUUAUUGAUACUCUCCUUAAGCAAUCUUCAGGUAAGCUUGUAAAUAGAACUUGAGGUGGUAGUCUAACUUAUUCAGUACAUUACUGCUGUGCCAUGUAUGUAUGUUUUAUUACUGGAUCUCAGACUUCUGUACACGUGUGCAGAUGUUUAUUUACCAUUUUUAUAUCUAUUAAAUUACUCCAAUACUGCUUUUGGAUUUUGUAACUUAAGAAUUCAGUGGUAAAUUUUAAGGUUUUCAAGCUGGAGUUAUUUUUGUUACUGUAAAAACUGCUCCUAUUUGUACUGCUAUUUCACUUGAUUUUACACACAAUAAAACAAAGUUGGAUUA